UCAAACGCAACCAACCCAUUCAACAACAACAACCAAAAUGCAUAAUAGUGACUUCCUGUCGGUUUUAGAAAAAGAACAAUCAAAUAUAUCAACAGUUACAACAUUUCAAUCCGAUGAUUUAAUAGAAAAAUUAAAACUUCUUAAUUAUGAGAAACAUUUGUUAAAAGAAAUGAAAAUGAAAGCACUAACGAAAUUCUACUUUGUCAAAUCAUUCAACCCUGGAGAGCAAUUUUUCAUGUUUACUUCGGUGUGUGCUUGGCUAUUGAGGAAAUUGGGCAAACAUCUUGACCAGCCGCAAGAACAUGAAGAUCCAAAUGAGAUAAUAAAUAAAAUUUUGAAAAUUUUACAAGAAAUUGACAUUGUUGUUGACGUGCCAACCAAUAAAUUGCUACAAGGAGCAGGACCCAUUUGUUUGUACAUACUCGAUUCCUUAGCAACACAAGCUGUCAAGGUGUCACAGAUUUUUUUCAAACACCAUCAUAUAAAGCAAGAAAUUGAAUUGGCUCCAGAAUUUCUAGAAGACAAUGCUGAGAUCAUACUUGAGAAACUAGAUGACGAACAAAAUACAGCAUUCAGUGAUGACAGCGAUAAUGGAGGAAAUUCGUUAAAAGAUCUAAACUGGUUCUCUUCACAAAAUGCCCAAAAACGAACUAACAACGAUUUAAAUUACAAUGGUGACAAUUUUACCGAACAUGAAAUCUGGAGAUUAGAACUUGAGCGUGUGCUUCCACAGUUAAAAAUUGUGGUUAAAGCUGAUUCUCGAGAUUGGCGCUCACAUCUUAGCCAAAUUGAGAAUUUAAAACAAAAUAUUGAUGGAAUUUCUGAUGAAACACAAAUGCAAUUGAAAAAACUUCACAGUGAAUUUACAUUUAAUUUGGACAAAGUUGAGAGCCGAGAGAAACAUUUGAAUAAUGAAUUGAGUGCUCUCAUUAAGCAGUUUAAGGAUGUGUCAAUAGAACUUGCUGGAAUUCAAUUUGCCAGCAAGCAGAUUAGUCAAGAUACUGAAAAGACAACAACAGAAUUGAUAACAAUUGUUCAGGAAAAUGAAAAUAAAAAGACCAAAAUGGAACAGCGAGGACAAUUAAUGUCGGAUGGAAGUUCCGUGGUGCAUAUAAAAAAAGCUAUCCAAAAAUUGAAGGAAGAUAUUUCUCAUCUUAACCUGGAAAUCGGUUUACUCUUGCAUGCUUAUGACCACGAUAUUAUUCGGCAAUCGUCUAUAUUUAGUGCUUCAUAGAAG